UGGUUUACUGAUUGUUGAGGGGCAGCUGAAUCAAGACACUUGAUCUCUUUCUGAAGAAACACCCCCUCUUCUUUGUGUUUGAGGACAUUUGUUUUUGUGCUUGGUGGCAGUCAGUUCAUGGUCUUUGACAUGACACAUUCCCCAGAGUCGUGAAGACAGACAGUUCCUAUACAAAGAGCCCUAGAGAUAUUUUUAAACCAGAGAAGAUGUCCAAGUCCUUCCAGGAUAUUUCCAAAUACUUCUCUGAGGAAGAAUGGGAAAGUCUGACCAAAUGGCAGAAAAGUGCCUACGUGUUUAUGAAAAGAAACUACAUCAGAAUGACAGGCCUAGGGGUCACAGUCAACAAACCAGUUUUCAUGCGUGGAAAGGAUCAGAUCACAGAAUUCCUAUUGAAGGAAUCUGAUGAAGGUCUUGGUCAUGCAAAUGAAGGUGAACAUUCUAAGUGGACAUUUGGCAUGGCACACACAAAAGACCUAAAGAUCCAUAAGGAGACAGCAUGGAAAAGAAAUUGCAGAAAGAGAGUGCCAGGUGCACAUGGCUUAGGAAGGGCUCGGAGAUGCCUGCAUACCCAAGCAAGAGAGAUGGCAACAGGACCCAAGCGGAGUCAUGAGAGUUCCAGAAAAAAAGAAAGAUUUCGGAAAAGAAAGCAUAUCCUAAUUUUUGAUGUGAGCAGUGAUGAUGAAGAAAAUUACUAA